CCUCGCCGCAGCAGCAACAUGAGCGUUCUCUUUGGGGCGAAGCGCAAGCGCAAGGCCGUCGAGCCGGCCGUGGCCGCAGCGACCGACGACGCGCUCGUACCAGCGACGGCCAAGGUCACGCCCUCGAUCCUCACGACGUUCAGCGACCUCGGCCUCGACCCAUGGCUCGUGACCAAGUGCACGCUCCUCGGCUUGCACAAGCCGACGCCGGUCCAAGUCAACUGCAUUCCCGAGAUCCUCGCCGGCCGCGACGUCCUUGGCUGCGCGCAGACGGGUAGCGGUAAGACGGCGGCCUUCGCGCUGCCCAUUCUGCACACGCUCGGGAAGGAGAUGUACGGCCCGUUCGCGCUCGUCUUGACGCCGACGCGCGAGCUGGCAUUCCAGAUUGGCGAGCAGUUCCAGGCGCUUGGCAGUGGCAUCUCGCUGCGGUCGUGCGUUGUCGUCGGUGGCGUCGACAUGAUGACGCAGGCCCUUGCGUUGCAGGAGCGUCCGCACGUCAUCGUCGCGACGCCCGGCCGCCUCCACGACCACAUGCUCCGUCCCAACCCGCCCAACUUGAAGCUUAUCAAGUACCUCGUCCUCGAUGAAGCCGACCGGCUCUUGAGCUCGACCUUCUCCAAGGACCUUGCGUUUCUUCUCGACCGCAUGGGCUCGUCGUCGCGGCAAACGCUGCUCUUCUCGGCGACGAUGACGGCCGACCUCAAGGACUUGGAGGCCGUCGCGCUCACGAAUCCGUUCCGGUUUGACGCGACGCCGUCGGCGACGACCGUGAGCCAGCUCAAGCAGUCGUACCUUUUUGUGCCGGCGCAGAUCAAGACAACGUACCUCAUGUACCUCAUGUCCAAGCUCGUCGACGACUCGGUGCCCGACGAACCCGCGACGAAGAAGAGCUUCAAGGGCAAGAAGCACCUGCCCAUUGCGAUCCCGGACGCGCCGACAGACAAGACCGAGUCCAUGGUGGUGUUUGUCGCGACCUGCAAGUCGUGCCAGCUCGUGGCCGAGAUCGCGCUCGAGCUCGAGCUGCCGUGCGUCGUGCUGCACUCGAUGAUGGGCCAGUCGCGGCGCCUCGCGGCCCUCGGCAAGUUCAAGUCGGGGCUUGCCCGCGUCCUCAUUUGCACGGACGUCGCGUCGCGUGGUCUCGACAUCCCCGAGGUGACGCACGUCAUCAACUUUGAUUUGCCCCGCGACGCCGACGACUACAUCCACCGCGUCGGUCGUACGGCCCGCGCGGGUCGGAAGGGUACUUCGAUCUCGAUCGUGACGCAGCACGACAUUGAGCUCCUCCAGAACAUCGAAAAGGUCAUUGAGAAGCCGCUCGACAACUACGAGGAGCACGCGCCCGAGACCGAGGUGCUCAAGAUGCUCAACGACGUCACGACCGCGACGCGCGUCGCCAAGAUGAAGAUGACCGAACACGGCUUUGACGACAAGGUCAAGCAGCGCCAGCAGCAACGCAAAAAGCAGAUCAAGAAAUCCACAUAAAUGAAAACGACGAGCGCAUCAUAGAUAGACAAACC